UUUUUCAACCCCCAACAAACAAAAUCCUCUGUUUUUGAUCUCUCUGUUUCUCUUCCAUGGUCAUGGCGGCCGCCGAAGGAGAGGGGAUUAAGCUAUUUGGGAAGACGAUUACUUUGCAUGCAAGGCAAGUAAAGGAAGAAAAGAACAAGGCAGAGCAGACGGCGGAGAAGCGGCCCGACAAGAUCAUACCUUGUCCUAGAUGCAAGAGCAUGGAAACUAAGUUUUGUUACUUCAAUAACUACAACGUUAACCAGCCUAGGCAUUUCUGCAAGGGCUGCCAGAGGUACUGGACGGCUGGUGGGGCCCUACGGAAUGUUCCAGUGGGGGCUGGCCGUCGGAAAACCAAACCACCUGGCCGCAACCUUGGUACGUUCCCUGAAGGGUGCUUGUAUGAUGAGUCCGGUGGGGUGCACCAGUUUGAGUUGGAUGGGGUGGUUCUGGAGGACUGGCAACUGGCCACGGCGGCCUACGGUGGGUUCCGUUAAACUUUUCCUGGAAAGCGGCGGAGGAGCAGCUCAGGUGGAGAACCUUUUUGAUCUUCAUUUCUUGAUCAUCUCUUGUUUGAAAUCAUUUGAAAAAAUUAUUAGAGAAACUAUGAUUAUACAGACUAAUUAGUGGUGUAUGUCUACAAUACAGGCUGGUCCUCAUUACUUAAAUCUUUUAAAUUCCUAUAUUAAUUAUCCUUAAGUAAAUAGAAUUCUGCAUG